AGAAAAAAGGAAAACUAUAGUUAGGGUUUCAAAUUUCAGUAUCAAAGCAGCCCUCAAUCGUCCGCAGUUUACUAGAGCCCGCCUCAAAUUGCAUUUCAGAAUCAUCAAACUCAUAAUCGGAAAAAGGUAGAACGGUGGUCGGAGCAUGGAGAUCGAAAAUCAACAUCCAUUCCAGGUCGACCUUGGUAACCUAAUGGCGUUCAAUCCUCACCAUCAUUUUCCUUCACUUCCCUCCUCCAGGGAGGAGCUAGUGAAUGAAUGUCUGCAAAAGGGAACAGAGUUAGUUCAAUUUAUUGCCAAUGAUCUCUUCAACCUGCCUUCAACUGAAGACAGAGAUGGUCCCCUUGUGAAGCUGCCUCCUCCUACUACAAGAUUGCCAAGAGAGAAACCCUUGCCGAAGCCGAAACCUCCUACAAAAUGGGAACUUUUUGCCCAAAAAAAAGGCAUAAAGAAGCGUAAAAAAGAUAAGAGAGUGUAUGAUGAACAGGCAGGUACAUGGAAACGUCGCCAUGGUUAUGAUCGUGCUAAUGAUGAGGAGAACAUACCCAUAAUUGAGGCCAAGAUGACUGAUGAGCCUGGGGAGGAUCCAUUUGCUGCAAGGCGAGCCGAUAAGAAAAAGCGAGUUGAAAAGCAAGAAAAGAAUCGAUUACAGAAUCUGAAGCAAGCUGCAAAAGUUGGCGCACUACCCAGCCAUAUCCAACUAGCUGCCACUGCUUUGCCUAUAACGGGAACUCAAGCUGCACCUAAGAAAAUUACCAAGGAUGAACUUGGAAAUGUAGCUGGAAUGGCAGCAACUUCAACGGCCAGUGGUGGAAAAUUUGACAAGAAGUUGACAGGCGAAAAACCUGCAAAACAUCAAGGAAAAUAUCGCAAGUUUCUGCCUGUAGUGGAGGGAACAGGGAUAGGCUCUCAAGAAAAAGAGCAAACUGAGAAAGUUCUUAACAGAUUAAUUUCCAAGAACUCACACGAGAUUCUCAACGUUAGUAAGGCUGUCAAUAUGUACAACGUGAAAAAGGAAAAGAAACAAAGAAACCAACGAGGAAAGUCUUCAUCAAUGUCGAGCAAGUUGAAACCAAAUAAGAAACUCCAGAAGAAGCCAUUGAAGAAGGGAUCUUCGAAGCAUGGAAAGGCAAAAUGAUCUGCUUACAUUCUGAUUGAAGUUUUGAAUUUUGUACCAUCAUUGUCAUCAUUAUUUAUUAGUGAAGGAAUGCCAGUUUUCUAAAAAAAUUUCUUUUUCUCCAACUCAUCUCUCCCAUGAGAUAAAAUCAAUUUUGUAAAAUUUUUAUUUUAGUGGUGAAUUCCUGCCCAGUUCUAAGCUAUGCCAUUUUGCCCUGUUAGUUCUCUUUUUGAA